AUGUCAAACUCACAUCUGCCCAAUUCUCACGCAGACGUUACUCCGACAUGGAGGCCUUAUAAGUUCCCCCGGAUCCCAUUGCCUGAGGCGAUCAAAACGAGCCCAGUUGCAGACUCCGAUGGAAAGAGAUAUAGCGGUAGCGUCCCACCGGACUGGUGCGGAAACGGUGGCCGGCGACUGGCAGCCCAUGGUGGGUAUUGUGCCACAGUUCUUAUGAUGACAGCGCAGCAAUACCAUCGUGACCAACACGGGAGCCUAGGGAACAUGGAGCCUCUCAACAUGUCGGUUGAGUACCUUGAACCGUUACCUCAGGGUCGAUUCGAGAUUGGUCUCGAAACGUUGAGCAUAGGUAAACGCACUUCAACAAUUGAAGCCAGGCUUAUAUCGUUGGAAGCCCAAGAAGAUAAGGUCUGCACAAUUGCCAUAGUAAGGCUCGGUAUGCUGAAAGACGAAGGUCACGUUACCAACAUACAACCGUCAGUCUGGCCAUUACCAGAUCGAAUAAAGGAUUGUACUCGAUGGUCAGAUGCAAGCUACUACUUCAUGAAUCCCCCCGCGUCAACGGUAAGGAUGUGGACACCCAGUGGCGAGAACGCGCCGCUGUGGAAUAAAGAGUUCGGAGGCCAGAAUACCAGAUAUCAAUGGGUGAAACUGGACAAUGAGAAUAAAUUUGGAUUGGAGCACUUGCCAGUAUUGGCGGACUUGGUUCCCCCAAUCUUCCUCAACUACACCGAGAAUGGGAUGGAAGCGGCCAGCAGUUGGGGUAUGCCCACAACCGCUCUCAACAUCAUGUUCCGAUCUGAGGUUACUCCGCAGGACUGGCUUCUGACCCGAACCACAAUGAAGAGAUUACACGGUAGUCGGUUUGAUAUGAACAUCGAGAUCCUCAAUGAAGACGGGAAAUUACUUGCUUCUUGCGUCCAGAUUUGUUCUGUUAUACCUCUUGGAAAGCCUAGUUCUCAAAAUGUAGUGAAGCUUUAG